AUCAAUAGACAUUGGCCGAUACUACUACAGGAUCCACAUUUAAUAGACAUCUUAGAUAAAAAACCAAAAUACACCUACCGCAAAGCCAUCAACCUUAAAAACAAGAUUGCCCCCAGCAAAUACAAACCCACCCACCAACACACUCAACACAAUCUGCCUCAUACCCAUUGUCGGCAUGUAUAGAUGCAACAAAGCGCUAUGCAAAACUUGCCAAUUCGUUAAACACGGACAAAAAAACUUCACCACAAAAGGAAAAACCUAUUCAUUCAAAGAAUUUUACAACUGCUCCACUGAUCAUGUGAUCUAUUGUAUAUCCUGCCCUUGCGGCCUCCUAUAUGUGGGACGAACCAUCAGACCCCUCCGCGCCAGGUUUGGCGAGCACAGACGUCUUAUUGAAGAUGGUAAAGACAAACAUAGCGUCCCCCGCCACUUCCUUGAAUAUCACCAAAAAUCCACUGAUGGCCUACAAGUAUGGGUCUUAGAAUCCAUACACAACAAUCUCUCUGAGUCUGAUCGUUUCAAAAAACUCUGUUCACAAGAAACUUAUUGGAUAUUUACAUUAGAUACAUUGUCCCCAGGCGGACUCAACGAGGAAUUAGACAUUAACACUAUACUAUAA